AUAUGCACUUCUACAUGGUACUCGUCCUGAUUGCCCUUGUGGCCAUGGCUUUUGUGGCUGCAAACCCAGUUCCGGCUCCGAAUGGAGAAGUGAUCGUAAUCGUCAACCCACGAAUUCCAAGGCCAGAGGACUGUUAUAGUACAGCAGCUUGGUAUCUUGGUACCACAUAAGCUUCCCACCCAACUCCUGGACUUUCCCGUUUGACAACAAAAAAGCGUUAUUAUUGUAAAAAUCCCUCCCACUGAGGCAAUUGUUCAAAUAUAAAAAGCAUACUUAACGAUUUGAAUAACAACAAGCAA